UGAAUGUUAUGCAUUUCAGUUGAGAUAUGACUUUUCGAACGGUCGGACGUGUCUGACAAAUACACAAGAUUUUUUUUUUGCUGUUUGUUCGCUUCAAAACUUGAAUCUUUCGUUAGUUUCGCUAUUCGACAAAAAUAAAUACGAACCAUUGACAAACACGUUUUAGCAUGGUUGACAUUCAAUCGAUUGGCGCAGGUAUAAAUUGACUGAUACAAUAAAUCGAAAAAAAAAAACAUUGCACCGCAAUCACAAUACGUGUUUAGUGAAUAAACAGUAUUGAGUUAUUCUCGGAAAUCGGCAGAAAAAAAAAACAUUUGUGUGAAAAAAAAAAAGUUGGAAAAAGAACAAUAAACUUGGAUUGAAUUUUAGUUCAGUGGUGACGAAUCAAUAGACUUUAGCCAUUCAAAUUGAAAAAAAACCCAAAAACAGUGAAAUUAGAAUGUGUGUUUUCAUGUUUGUGCAUGGUGAAUGAGAGACGAAGUAAAGGACACGGUCUUUUAAUUUUAGAAUCGAAAGCGAAAAGAAAGAAUUUCAAUUGUCGAUUCGAGUGAUUAGCAAUAGCGGUCAAUUCGCUACUUGACAAUUGAUUCCGAGGAACGCGCGCGUCAUUGAUCCCAAACAAGUCUGAUGUUUUAUCAGUUGAUAAUCAAAAGAAGUUCAAGUGAGUAUGCUGUGACACAGUGAUCGUAGUGUGCGCAUACACGGCAAAAGAAACACCUCAAGACAAUUCGAUUUAGAAUUGACCGAUUGGAAUUAAAAUACAAAAUUCCCGACGAUUCGAAAAGAGAGGAAAAAAUUUUUAGAAAGAAAUCAGAACCACCUUGUGGGAUACCACAACUUUAUGAAUUUUAUGCACAUCUAACGGCAACGUGAGCUAAAAGAAAAUCACUUCGUUCACUUUUAGAAGAACACAGAAAAUAAAAACACGACAAGCAAAGAAACAGAAACAACCAAAACAACACAACACACAAUAUCAUUGCACUUGUUUCGAGAGCAAAAAAAAAGAUACAUUUACACACACGGUGUUUAGUCAUUUUCAACAGCCGAGCAACAACACACGGACGCUUGUGUGUACCACAAAUUUGAUUGGAAAUUGUGUGCUUGAUUCGUUUAUUGUUCGUGAGCGUGUUUGACCGAGCUUUUUACACCAAAUAAAUAUAGAUUGCCGCAGCAGAAAGACCAUUUCUCGCGCUGAAUUGAUGAAUAUUCACGGUGAAAUGAAUGCGUUUAAUUAAGUGAAGCACGAAACAAAAUAGCACAAGGUAAAGGCAAUAGCAGAACAGAAAAGAAGAAGAAAAAAAAACUGAAGCAAAACUGAAUAUGUCUUCGUAACCGCAACAUUGAAUGCAGAACUAACAGCAGUUCUUGAAAACGGACGAAACACACAAAACAAAUAGUUCAAUACGCGAAACAAAACACACAACAAAAAAAAAACAAAGCAACGAGUAGCCAAUAUAAAAAGAAAGACAACGAUCGGAUAUAAGACAUCGACGUUCCAGAAAAAUACUUUCAACACUUUUCGCUUUGAUCGAAUAUCGGCCAAUCAAAGAGCUGUGAAAGAGAGUUGUUGAGAGAGCGUGUACGGACCAUAAAUUAAGCAAUUAUGUUGGAUCCCGAUUUGGAUGAAUAUUUAACAGAGUAUCGACUACAAGCGCCAGCAGAACCAAUCAGCCAUUAUGAAGAUGGCGAAUUGGAAGCUGAAUGGUUAGUUGCUGCGGGCUUUCCUCAAUUAACGAAGGCUUUUCAGGAGGGCCGUGAGUUGCCAACGAAUGAAUUGAAAUCGAGCAUUGCCGGCCUACCGCGAUCACAUGCUGAGGCUGUCAAGCAACGAGUGAAGGCACUCAAUCGAACAGUUCGUGGACGAGCCCGAUCACGCCAUUCCCGAAAGCCAGACAUUCGUGAUGUUUUCCGUGAUGUGGACACAUCGAGUACGGGCACACGAUCGCGCAGCGCAACACCUGACUCACUAGACUCAUUACCAGCUGACACCGAUCACUGGAACAGCCAUCAAAUACCAAGCUUUGUGUCGAUUUUCGACAAUCCAACUGCAGCCAUUACGAAUGCUCGAAUCAAACAGAAUUUACGACGAACACCAAGCGAACCAUUACGUGUGAGUGCCGACCUAUUCCGAGGAUCACACAUUCGAUGCGAUAUCCCAUUUUACACAGCUGACGGCAUUGAACUAUUGGGCUUUCAACGUCUUGGAACAAUUCAUUUGCCACGAAUUCGAUCUGGUUCAGAUCCUUCAUGUUCACUUGGACGCCGUUCAACCCAUAUGACCAAUGCCCGUAGUCACAACAAUUUGUAUAACAGCAAUUCGCCAGAUAACACAUCAUCAUCAUCGCAACCAUCAACACCCGAGCAUAGCCCAUCCAAUUCACCAUUGCGUCACAGUUUGUUGAGCAGCAAUGCCACGUCCACACCAUGUCAUCAUCAUAUGCAUAACUCUAGUCCAGAACCAGUGAGAAGUAUUCGUAACCAUUCGGAGCCAGUUAGUUUUGAGAAUUUAUGCCGUGACAAUGGCAUCGAUCAGACGGAUUGGUGUGAACCCGAAUACAACGAAGGUGGAUGUGAUAUUGAUCAAUUGAAUGAAACCGAAUUGAAGAAAUUACAACCAUUGCUAUGGCUCGAAUUGGCCACCAUAUUCGAUCGUCACAAUGUUGCAUUCGAUAAACGCAAACCAUUCAAGAGAAAACGAAAAGAAGAGGGUAACGUUUUUGGUGUUUCAUUGAAUGCAUUGAUUCGACGCGAUCAACAAGUUACUGGUGAAGACUCAACAUUGGUUCCAUUACUUUUGCAGGGGAUUUUGGAUAAUCUGCGUGCUCGAGGUACCAAAGAGGAGGGUAUUUUACGUGUUGCAGGCAAUAAGCAGAAAACCGAAAUGCUAUACAAUGAGCUCGAGCAAAACUUUUACUCGAAACACGAUAAAGUGAGCGGAAUCCUGAAAAAGGCUGGCGUUCACGAUUUAAGCGCAUUAUUAAAGCGAUGGCUGCGCGAAUUGCCAACGCCGUUACUCGCUAACGACCUGGUACAUUUGUUCUAUCAAACAGCAGACAUCCCGGUGCCUGAUCAAUUCAAAGUGAUGUCAAUAUUGUGUCUGCUGUUACCACACGAAAAUCGAAAUACAUUGCGUGCGUUCCUAGAGUUUUUGAGAUGUGUGAUCGACAACCAGCAAUACAAUAAAAUGUCCAAACACAAUGUCGCCACAAUUAUUGCUCCGUCAUUAUUUUCGCCGAGAUACAUCCAUCCUGCUGAUAAAAAUGAUAUAGCCGCUCAGGUGCGAAUGGCGGCACAAUGCUGCAAAUUGGCCGAUAUCAUGAUAAGUCGUUCCGAACAGUUGUGGACGGUGCCACAGCGAUUGAUCGAUCAAGCGCGCCAAAUGAAUACGAAAAACGGCAUGGGCAAACGUCAAACGCGCAAAGUAAAAAAUUCCAUAUCACCAAUCAUCGGCAAUAGUAGCGGUGCUGGAAAUCACAAUGCUCGCAUCAAUGCUAAUCAUGUACAUAAAAUUGCAAUCUAAUUUUAGCAAAUUCCAAACGUAGACCAUAAGUAGCUAGGGAAAUUGAAUAUUGUAGAGUGAUGAUGAAAACAAUUGAAUAUUGGAACAUUAAACGGGAUCUGCAAUAAGAAAUGGCAUGAGAAUGGAAUUGAUAUUUCAGAAUAUGACGAAGAACGACUAUUGAAAGUAUUAAAUUUCAUGUCACUUUUAAAGUUUGAAUAUGUAAAGGCAAGCCAUUCCGUACGGAAUGAGAAAUUUAUGAGAUUGACCGUAAUAUUAACCGUAUUGUUUGUUGGUGUUGCAGGCAAAACACACAUUUCAUUUUUUUUUUUAUGUAGACACCAUACUUUGAAAAUCGAUGCACCGAAUCGACCACGGCGGUUCAGUGGUCAAAAUCGGCCAUAGACUUAACAGAUUACCAUUCUUAUCUACGGGCACAGUAAUUGAACCAUUGCGACAAACAAAUUCGUUCAGAAUAUUUUAGUUUUAAAGUGCAACAUAAAGUUUUUUUUCCAUAUGGAGUUGUUGUUGUAAACUCUAUAUAAAAAACAUUUCAUGUUGCACUUUGAAACUAAAAAUAUUCUGAGGGAAUUUGUUUGUCGCAACGGUUCAAUUGUGCAGAAUAAUUUAAUAAUACAAAAAAAAUCACUGAACCUAAAGAAAUAGACAGGAAGAAAUGAAAAAAAAAGAAACACCUAAGCCAGUUCCAGAAAUAAUAGUGACAACACCAUGAGGACAUAAAAAUUUACAUGCAAAUAAAAACCGUUUCAUUUUUACAAAUGAAUUGCGUAAUUAACUAACUGAAGUCCGAUGCAUGGUACUCUAUUUACAAGAAGAAAAAAAAAUAAGAGAAUUCAAAUCUAUUCGAUUCGAUUCGAUUGAAUGAUUGAAACUAGUUAAUAUGAUUUACGCUUUGAUUAGUUCCUGCUUCGGUUCUUUGGCGCUAAAAAUAACGAAACACCUCGUCUCUGGGGCGGAUGCACACAAAAUAAGAAGAAAAAAAUUGGAAAAAAUUGCAUUUUAGUUUAAUUAAAGGAAAUGAAAGUAUUAUUGAAUCGGAGAUAUUUUUAGACGAAAUUAAUUUUUUUGUGCUGUUUUUUUUCAAUCGAGUAUAUAUUUUUUUAUAUACACACACUAUCACAUUUUUUUCCUUCAUUUUCAUCAUUUACAAUAAACAACUAAAUUGUUGACAGUUGUGCAUAAUACUGAAGAUUCAUCCAAAA